AUGGUUGAAUUGCGUUUACUAGUAGCUGCUGCUGUGAUCCUAGGGUUUCUAUUCUCCACAUCCCAAUCUCUCCGCUUUGAGCUUCAAUCGGGUCACACCAAAUGCAUCGUCGAAGACAUGAAGGCCAAUGCCAUGACCGUCGGAAAGUACUCCGUCGUCAACCCUAAUGAAGGCCAGCCCUUGCCGCCCUCACACAAGCUCACCGUGACUUCGAGCUAUGGGAAUAGCCAUCGCUACUCAGAGCUUGUGGAAUCGGGUCAGUUUGCUUUUCAGGCGGUGGAGGCCGGAGACUACAUGGCGUGUUUCUGGGCGCCCGAUCACAAGCCCCCGACGACGUUGACCAUUGAGUUUGAUUGGAAGAUCGGUGUGGCGGCCAAGGGAAUGAACGCCGUGCUGGAAAUUUGCUCGGCUCUGGAAGAGUAUAGAUGA